CUUCAAGCCCCCCCACAGGUUGUGAGCGGCCAGGGCGGGGCGAACGCGCCACCCGAGCUCCCAGCCCGCAAUUAGGGUGAACCCGACACGUUCUCUCUGAGUCCCGCCUGGCUGAACGCCGCCACUGGGAGCCGCGCGCUGAGCCGGGGGAACGGCGCUUGGCCGAAAAGGUGCCCUGGGGCAGAUCACGGAGCGGUGGUCUGAGCGCCCGCGCGUGGCUGCGGGUGCGCAACAACGUAGAGAGCUGAGGAGGACCCAGGAACGCUCCGUUCAGCUCCGGCCAGGGCGUCCUCUGGACUUACGCUGCACCUGUCCGAGAGCCAGAGCCCCGCAGGUGCAGCCUUUCCUCACUCUCCGCCAGCGGCCGCCCAACCAUGGACACCCCGGUUCAGAUCUUCCGAGGGAACCUGGGCCCCACCUGCGCCCCGAGCACCUGCCUGUUUCCCAACAGCAGCAGCUGGGACCCAGGCUGGGCCGAGCCGGACAGCAACAGUAGUGCGGGCUCCGAGGACGCGCCACUAGAAACCUCGCACAUCUCCCCCGCCAUCCCGGUCAUCAUCACGGCAGUCUACUCGUUGGUGUUCGUCGUGGGCUUGGUGGGAAACUCCCUGGUCAUGUUCGUGAUCAUUCGAUACACUAAGAUGAAGACAGCGACCAACAUUUAUAUAUUUAACCUGGCUUUGGCAGAUGCUUUAGUUACUACCACUAUGCCCUUCCAGAGUACAGUCUACCUGAUGAAUUCCUGGCCUUUCGGGGAUGUGCUAUGCAAGAUAGUCAUUUCCAUUGACUACUACAACAUGUUUACCAGCAUAUUCACCUUGACUAUGAUGAGUGUGGACCGAUACAUCGCUGUGUGCCACCCUAUCAAAGCAUUGGACUUCCGCACACCCUUGAAGGCAAAGAUCAUCAAUAUCUGUAUCUGGCUGCUGUCUUCAUCUGUUGGCAUAUCUGCUAUUGUCCUGGGAGGAACCAAAGUCAGGGAAGACAUGGAUGUCAUCGAGUGCUCCUUGCAGUUCCCAGAUGAUGAUUAUUCCUGGUGGGACCUCUUCAUGAAAAUCUGUGUCUUUGUAUUUGCCUUUGUGAUCCCCGUCAUCAUCAUCAUCAUCUGCUACACGCUGAUGAUCCUGCGCUUAAAGAGCGUCCGACUCCUUUCUGGCUCCCGAGAGAAAGAUCGCAACCUCCGUCGAAUUACCAGGCUUGUCCUGGUGGUGGUGGCAGUCUUUAUCAUCUGCUGGACUCCCAUUCAUAUUUUCAUCCUUGUGGAGGCUCUGGGGAGCACCUCCCACAGUACCGCUGCCCUCUCCAGCUAUUACUUCUGCAUUGCCCUAGGUUACACCAACAGCAGCCUAAACCCCAUUCUCUAUGCUUUUCUUGAUGAAAAUUUCAAGAGGUGUUUCAGGGACUUCUGCUUUCCAAUAAAGAUGAGGAUGGAGCGACAGAGCACUACUAGAGUCAGAAAUAUGAUUCAGGAUCCUGCUUACCUGAGGGAUGUUGAUGGGAUAAAUAAACCAGUAUGACUAGUCGUGGAGAUGUCUUCUUAUAGUUCUCCAGGAAGAGAAGAGUUCAAUGAUCUAGGCUUAACUCAGAUUACUACUGCAGUCUGAUAUGGAAAAAUAGAAUUCCUAACAAACUUUCAGAAAUCUCAUGGGCUGAAGUUGUAAAUGAGGCUGCUUUAUCCACCCAGGUCAGUGGAAGCAUCAAGGCUCAAGGAUUGAGUACAAAGGUUCAAGAAAGCGAAUACCACUCCUCUCUAGCACAGGGAAGCAAGGCUGGCUCCCAGUUCCUUUGAUGAACAAGAAACAAGCCUUUUUCUUGUAGUUACCUAUACUUAGUUCAGGACUUAGCUGCUGUGGCCUUCCAAUGCAAUAUCAUUUCAAAAGCUCUGUUUGAAAAACAAACAAACAAACAUUGGUUUCAGAGCUUGGGCAUACAAUUCAGAUGUUUAACAUUGACAAUAUCAACCUCAGUAAGAAUACCAACAUUACCAGGACCCAUUCCACUUGCUUUGUACUAUGUGGACAUGCAUUUCAUGUGGCUGUGUGGUGAGGAUUCUACCUUAAGAAUGACAUGGACCAACACUUGAAGUGUCUAAUGUUCAUAUACAGUAGAAAAAUAUCUUGGUAUUUAAAAUGCAAAAGAUGGUUUUCAACAUAGUUUAAUUUCUUGAAAAACUAUACUUUUAGCAUGCUAUUCAGAUAAGUAAUCUCAUGAUAAAGUGUGUGCUGCUGUUAAGGAACAUAAAGUGGUUUAAAUACUACCAAAAGUAUAUAUAUUUCAUCUGUAAAUAAUUGUAUAUAUGAAAAGAAGGGUGGAUUUGCCUUCCAGCCCAUCAGUUUCUUGAGGGCAUGUUAAUAAUAUCCUGAGUUAUCUAGAGUUGAUGCAGAGGUAUUUUGUUGAAAUGUAAGCUUCUCUCUGGAAAUCAACAGCGCCAACUUUUUCCAACUACCUGAGCACCAAUUAGUCCUUUAAUAGUGUCCAUAACUUCUGUGUUAAUGAAUCACAAAAUACUUAACUCACAACUAGGUGGUAGCCUGGUUGCAGAAUCUAGUCUAUAUGCAACACCUCUUUAUGAAUACAUAGAUAUUACCAUAUUCUUUGUUUUCAUGAAGGGAGAGCAUUUUGCUCAUUAAAUCUCAAGAUAUUUUGUGGCUUUCAAUAAACACUAAGAAUGCUCCUAACUAAGCUGAAUGAGGACAUCAUGUCACUUGUGGUGCUCAUGCAUACCUUGCACUGUACUUGAGAGGAAAGUGCUGUGAGCAUCACAUUUAGGGUGAUUUUGCUGAAACUUCCAGAUGAUAUAUUAAUUCCCCCUUUCCUUUUCCUCCUCAGGUUUUAGAGAUAAUGGCUUUUGCUGUAAUUUGCCUAGGCAGGAAAAAGGGAUAACGUAAAAACAACACCCAUCUUUUCUUUAGCCUAUAUGUUGUGUUAUUAGGACAGCACCCUCUGAAAUUUAGUUGGAAAGUCAAAAGUGUAUACAGGCUUUACAAAGACAUAUAAAUGUAGACCUAUAUAACUGUAAGUUCUGUUCACUGUGUGUUGUCUCUUAUGUAUAUGCUCUCUCCUUUUGGAUUGAAGGUGGCUUCAGAAUUUUGGUAUGAUGGUGUUUCUCAAUUAGUUUGUCAAUUUCUGAUUUUCAUGGAACCUGAUACAGAUGCCUAAUGACAGUGAGGUGGGGUGUUUCAAGAUGAAAACAUAGAGCUCUUUUGAGCAUUUCUUAAAUUUUAUUCAUUUUUCUUAGGUGUCCUUGUAGUCUUAUAAAUGAACAUAGAUAGAAAUGACUUAAAUGCUGGUUAACAUUCACCCCAUGGUUAAAAAUCUUGCCUAUCAUAGAGGAAGGAUAUCUACAUAUCAAGUAGUUCCAGAAAUAAAUCCUACUGAAUUUGGAAAUAUAGAAGCAUUUUACAACAGUAAAACCUAGGAGAUUUUCUUUUUCUUUUUUUAAGAUUUUAUUUAUUUUUUUUAGAGAGAAGGGAAGGAGAAAGAGAGGGAGAGAAACAUCAAUGCAUGGUUGCCUCUCAUGUGCCCCCGACUGGGGACCUGGCCCACAACCCAGGCAUGUGCCCUCACUAGGGAUCAAACUAGCAACCCUUUUAUUCACAGGCUGGCACUCAAUCCACUGAGCUGCACCAGCUAGGGACCAGGAGAUUUUCUUGAAGGAUUCUUAUAUAGUGCAAAACUUUAACAGAGAUGAAAUAAUGAAACAAACUUAGAGUAAUGUGUUUUCUUUAAAUUAGUACCCACAUUCCUUCAUAGCAUCAGUUGCUGUUUUUGGACCCUGUGCUUUAGCCUGCUUAUCCUCAACAUCUUCAUAUCUAAGUUUGCAGCCCAGGGAGAGGGAAGUAGCUCUAAGUGUCCAUGAGGGGUGUUAUAAGCUUCCCCAUUAUUGUUAACACCAAUUUUCCCAAAUUCAAAGAGGAGGGAGAAGAGCUAUGUCAUUUUAGGGCACUGUAUUAAACAAAAAGUGAAUCAUGUAUGAGUAUACUAGGAAAAAUACCACUUACACAAAUAUGUUUUUUUUGUUAAUAGUGGGUAUAUGCAUAAGACUGUGUUUUCAUGCAUGGGUGCGACAGUGGGUAUGUGCAGAAGUGUGUGGUGGUAUGUGUAUGCAUGGAUGUGUGAGAGUAUGUGUGCAUGCCUCUCUGUGUGUAUACUGUUGUGAAGCUAUUGUCAUAUUGCAGUUCCUUAAUCAUUCCAUAUAAUACAUUUGUCCAAGCCCAAAUAUCUCUCAGUUAUCUCUUUUCACUUAAUGCUCCUGUUCUCCCAUCACAGAAAGGAGAGAACUUCUCACUUUUCUCUUUGAGAGUGGAACUGCAUGUAUCCUAGAAAUUGUCUCUCUACAUGAACUCUUCCAACCUGGGUAACAACUUUGGGAAGAGUCUAGUGAGGGAUCAGAUAAAAUUCAGAGAAAUGAAACAGACAUGUAAGAGGCAGGUGCAAAACCAUAAUUCUAACUGGGAGGAGAGUAUUAGUGUCUCAGAUUACUUUUAGGAACCUAGGAGCACCCACUAUGUGAAGAGUUUAAAUAAAAACUCCAGACCCUAUACUAAAAAUAGAAGCAUAGUUUGGAAAAAUAGUUUGGAAAAAAGCAAGAAACAUUCACACAAGUCUUCAGGAAAUAGCUCCAUUCUAUUAUGUAUUACUGAGAAAUAAGAGUGUUCAAAUUUGUAUAACCAUUAUCAGACAAUUAAUAGGUGUUUCAUCUAUUGUAUGGACAUAGUAAGAUGAAUUAAUGAAAUAAAAGAAAUACAUUGGCUGGCUUUAAAUGAGAGGUUUUUAAGGAGAAAACUAUGACAAGUUUGUAUGUCCAUUCAAUGAGAUUUAUUUUCUAAGCAAGAGCUGUUUGCAAGAUUUAGCAUAAAUAUGAAAACAUCAUCCCUAAGGCAACUUUAUUUUCUGAAAUAAAAGUAUAUUUGUAUAUACUUUAUUAUAAUGUUUAUUAUUUAUAUCUUGUAUUUUUAGAUGAUAAUUUUGCAUUGUAUAUAUGAUUGUGUGCCUUGUGAUAAAAUAAAAAUUGUACUGCUAAAAAUCAAAGCAGAGGA